CGAACAAACCAGGAAGAGAAACAAGCCAAAAGCAGGAAGUGAGUACAGAGUAACCCGACAACUCAGCGGCUCAUUUUCGCAGCCUUUUUUCAUCCUCCGCUUUUCUUUUGGAGAUUAUACACUCUGUGCACAACAAUGUCAAAGAAUUCACUCUCCGACCGCUUCAGGAAAGUCGAUGUGGACGAAUAUGACGAGAAUAAGUUUGUAGACGAAGAAGAGGCAGGAGACAGCCAGGGCGGUCCGGACGAAGCAGAAGUUGACGCUUUGCUCAGACAAGGGAACAUGAAUGGUGCACUCCACGCUGUGCUAAAAAAUCCACCAAUCAACUCCAAGAACCAAUCCAAGGAGCGAGCAGAGCAGCUGGUGGUCAAAGUGUUGAGCAGCUUUAAGAGCAGUGACAUAGAGAAGGCUGUGGGUUCACUGGACCGUGCUGGCGUGGACCUGCUGAUGAAAUACAUCUACAGAGGCUUUGAAAAACCCUCUGACAACAGCAGCGCUGUGCUGCUGCAGUGGCAUGAAAAGGCUCUAGCGGUAGGAGGCGUGGGCUCCAUAGUCAGAGUCCUGACUGCCAGGAAAACUGUAUGAAUAACCAGAAGUCGGCAUCUGUCUGAGGGUGGACACCGACCACUGCUCUACUGGAGCUGGACCUCUGCUGCUGCUGUGGGACAUUGUCAGCUCUUUAUUUUCAUACUGGAACUAAGUGUCCUUUCUUCCUGCAAUUCCUUUCUCUUUGAUUUCCUUCUCCACAUUCACAAUUUUCCACCCAGGUCUUGGGAAUGUGGUCCAGAGAAGAUGUUUUUUUUCUCAUCCUUCUCCAAGCAGAUUAUUGCUGCAUUCAAGGAACAUCCACAUCACUCUGAUGUCUCUGCUCCUUCACUGUAACGCCUCCUUUUCCUCUCCUCUUCACCUUCAACUCAUCCAGAUCAAGCAAACACAAAAGACUCCUCUUUGCAGGACUGCAGCAGACUCACAACCUGUUCAGUCUUUCCCUGCCUCCUGCAUGCUGUGCAUUUUAUGUCUAACAUUCUAAGCAAACUUCAUUCAUGAUGGAUUUUCUUUUUCUAUUUUCACAUCAAUAAAUGGUUUCUUUUCUUACCAGUGAAAAAAUAAAAUUCUUUUUUUAUGUUUACCAAA